UACGUCGUCCUUUAUUCUACAUGAAGCACCAAAGAGUAUUUACAACGUACAACGUUCAUUAAAAGACUUUGCUUUCAAAAAAUUUUACUAUCAUUUCUCAAAAAUAUUUUAUCACGAGGAACAAUCAGUAUACUCCAGAGCCAUUCGCUUGCAAAACGCAUCGAUUAACAAGAAAAGAAGACACGAAGAUGGAAGAUGAUAUUGAAGUGCAAGUUGAAGACAAUUCGCCCUCGAUAGAGAAUACAUUACGACCAUUAUCGUACACCUCCUGGCUCAUGGGCGUCGGUGUUGCACGUCCGCGCAAGUGUCCCAAGUAUGUAACGAUAAUCAUACGCAUCUUUCACUUACUUGUGUGUUCUGUUAGUACGACGUACUGCGUCUUAGAUUUCUUCACCUUCGAUACUGCCUUUGCUUCUGACAGCGAUGUGUACAAGUUCAUGUACAGCAUGAACAGAGUGACGGGCUGCGUGGCUGCAUAUUAUUAUAUUUAUCACGGAAUCAGUCAAUACAACAAGUGGACGGAGCUGAUGGACAAAAUGAAGAAACUCGAUCAGAAGAUCAAAAGGGAAACACCCAUUGAUGACCAGCCGAUAAAAAUCGCGGAUUCUCUAGCGGUUCUCACGAUUUUCGUUUGCUGUCCUGUGUCUCUAAUCGUACACGCCCUGUAUUAUUACUUUACACACCCUGAGUACAUUUACGUGUCCGACUUGUUGUUUUAUAUCAUGAUAGCCCAGUCGUUGGUCAACAGCUUCGUCUUUGAUAUUGUCGUUUAUGUGCUGUGUUAUAGAUUCCAAGCGAUAAAUGAAUUAAUAGGUCAGUUGGAUCAGCUGUUCGAUGCAUCAAAAAUUGCGCCCAAGAUUAGACGCAUCAGAGUAUUGUAUAAUAGUAUUAAUGAUCUCGUUGUCGUGAUAAACGAUAUUCAUGGCCUUCAUCUCCUCCUCUGUUCGGCGAACUGCUUUGCCAUGGCCGUGGCUACACUAUUCAGAAUCUACAUGGGUGUCAGAGAGAAAGAUUAUAUGUUGGUUGCGGUACAUAAUGUUCUUUGGAUUGUGUACGUCGCGCAAUUCGGUCUGAUGUGCUGGAUUUGUACGCUCGCCCGUCAAGCAUCCCUGAGGACCAGGAUAAUUAUAUACACAUUUUUAUUAAAUCGCGAAAACUUGGACCAAGAUUUUGGCGUCAAAAACGAGAUCAAUGAUUUUUCGAUUCAAUUACAACAGUAUCGUGUAACAUUUACUGCCUGUAAUUUCUUCGAAAUGAACAAUGCUCUUUUCAAUGAUAUGGUCGGGGUCAUUACCGUUUAUUUAAUAAUCCUCAUUCAAUUUUAUCAACCACCCAAAGAUUCUAAACACAAUGAAUUAAUACAUGGUUUAACACUACUUCGUGCGGACAAUUCGUAUAGACAAACUGAAAUAACACUAAACAAUACUUUAACUUUUUAUUAACUUUGGAUUGUGCAUUGACAAAAAAUAGCUUGUUAAACAUUAAAAGAUGAUAAUUGAAGAAUGUAUAUUUUGUAAAUAAAUAAUCUGUAAAGUGGUA